AUGGCAUACCAUGAUUAGUUAUCGUCAUUUUAAAAGUUGUAUAAAUCAAACAUAUCAAAUAAUUCCAUUGUGACAUUGGCUAUAAAAGGGAUGGGUCUAACACUUUUCGGUUUUAUGGUCAUCAUGAUAUUUGUGCUGCUGCUCUUAUUCGGAGUGACCAGUUCCUGGGCCACAGACUACGAAUUAUUGCUCGAGGAUCCGGACAUAUUUUCGCCGUGCACUGAUGGUCCGCCCGGAUCCAUCAACAUCCACCAGGCAGUCAACUUAGACGAUAUUGUAGUCGACCAGGAAGGGGAUACACUCCAUGUAUCCGGGAACGCCACCGUCGUGUGGGAUGUGCAGCCCACCGAUCGGAUUACUGCGAGACUUGAUUUCUUUCACUUCAACCGCGGCAAUUGGGAGCCCACUGUCUUUAGCAUGGCCACCCAAAACUUUUGCUCCAUCAUGUACGACAAGAACCAGUAUUGGUAUAAGUAUUGGACAAGGUUUAUUAUCAAUCGCCAUGAGGUGGAAAAGAAGUGCUUCAGAGGGCCUGAUACCCUUCUGGCACACGAGCCCUUCGAUCUCAUACUGAAAUUUGAGAACUUUCGUGGACCUCUUCUUCGAGGACGUCAUAAAAUUGUCGUAUUGUUUAACGCACUAGACGAGAGGAAUAUACCGCGCCCAAACCCAAUUUGUUUGGAGAUCAGAGGAGAACCACUUAAGUUGCAUUAGUUGAUACAAUGGACUAUUUGUGUAUUUUUUUUAUCCGGUUAUACAAUUAUUUAACGCUAUAAAAU